UGGUCAUGUGACGCGUUCUGCCUUUCGUCGUGUAGCAACAGUGAGUGCAGAAGUUGUCUUUAAAGUUUGAUAACUGCAGACAAAGCUACUUUUUCUCGAAUCUAAACAUGGCGGAUUUAGGUUUUGUCAUUUCUAUGUCUGUGAUGACUCUGUUUUGGGGGAUUGUCGGCGGAGUUGUGCCUUGGUUCAUCCCUAAAGGACCAAACAAAGGGGUUAUUGCCACAAUGCUGGUUCUAACUUCUGUCUGCUGCUAUUUGUUCUGGCUGAUUGCGAUUCUGGCUCAGCUAAAUCCACUCUUUGGACCUGCCCUGCGCACUGAUGUUAUCAUGUUUCUUAGUUAUCGUUGGCCGUAGAACAUAGAGGAUAGAAAGACUUGGUACUGGCAGAAACCAUUUUAUCAUUCCAAGAGUUCAGCCUUAAAUUUGGAUUUACUUCUUGUGCCUUAAAUCGAGUUUAUAUCCAGAAAACUGAGGCCUUGUGUCACCAAUUGUGCUUUACAUUUGUGCACCGCAAUCGACACUUUGGAGGAAGACACUGUUGUACAUGUAUGUGUAUGUUGUUAUAUAUUGUAUGCUGUUGUUAAUAUAAUUUAAAAGUUGUGACCUGUUGGUGUAAUGUGCUGUAUGUGACCCAUUC